CAGCAUGCGCAUUUUCCUGGCAGUGAGGCUGGCGGCUUCCAUUGAUCCAGUGGUGGUGUCCCUCUUCGGGGAAAGCGGCUGCCCGGAUACCACCGCCUUCAUCUUCGGGCCUCUGCAAGCGGCAGAGAAGGCCCUCGGGACCGGCUCCGACGUCUUCCGCCUGGAGUGGACGCCCUUCGGCAACGCCUACUACAUCACCAAGGAGUGUGGUGGCGUUCCUGCGCCUCCAGGCUGCAGCAGUUCCUCCACUUGCCGCUAUAGCCGCCAGGUGCGGGACUGCUACUUCAAGCGUUGCGGCCUUGGCGGCGCAGGGGCUCCGGACUGUUACAGCCCCGGGCCGCUACACUGCCAGCACGGUGCCGCGGAAUGCUUCGCCAACCGCCUGGAGGCCUGCGCCACGGUGAAGGAGCCAUCCAGCUCCUGGAUGGUCUCCCGGUGCAUCGAAGAGGCCUUCUACAAGGGCGAGCUGAGGAACGGCCAGUCCAGCGACCAUGUCACAGCAGUCGCCGUGCGCUGCGGGUUCUCCGCGUCGCUGCAGCAGUGGUGCACAUCCAACGGCGAUGGGGCGCUGGCAGCCAUGGCCAAGAUGACCCCCCCGCAUCCAGGUGUCCCGUACGUGCUGGUCAAUGGGGAGGUGCUUGCAGACUUGAACUCUCUGCUUGAGAAGAUCUGCGAGGCCUAUGAAGGACCCGCGCCUGCUGGUUGCAUGGGCCUCGAGGUCUGACUUGCGAAAGCUUCCUCGCCUUUUUCUUGCUUCUGAGCGGGGAGCAUAGGAAUGACAGCAUUCAACUCUUGAAAGGAAUGCCCGGGCCGGUCGGUGCAAGCGGACCAGGCCCCGAGAGAACUAUGGCCAAAAGCCAUGCACGAGGUUGUUGAAGCUAUCCCAGUUGUUCCCGAAAGAGGGGCCAUCCCAAAUCAAAAAGCUGCCCAACAUGGGCAGCGCCUGGGUUGCGCCUGGGCAGAGAUAGCAUUGCAUCCAAAGUGGUGCAACCAGUCGGCGAG